AUGAUUAGAAUUGUUUAUAAACUGUUUCCACGCGUAAACUGUUCAAAUUCAGCCAGAAGGAGUAUUUGUUUAACAGCUGCUAGGCAUGUGGAAGAAAGCAAGGACAGUGGUGACGCUCCCACAGUGCUCGUAGAGAAGGAUUCUCAUAUAACAUUGAUCGGCCUGAAUCGGGAACAAAAGCGCAACUCCAUCGAUGCACUUACUGCACAAAAACUGGGCGAAGCCAUAAGCCAGUUCGAGGCGGAUGAUACGUCUCCCGUGGGCGUGUUGUACGGCAUUGGUGGCUCCUUCUGUGCCGGCUAUGAUCUGGAGGAACUCCAAGCAGAGGCGGAUCGAGGCAGCCUGAACUUUCUGUUGCGUCAUGAGGGUUCUGUGGGACCCACACGGCGGCAUCCACGCAAACCCAUUGUGUGUGGCAUUAGCGGCUUCUGUGUGGCCGGUGGCCUGGAGCUGGCCCUGCUGUGUGACCUCCGAGUGAUGGAAGACACAGCUGUUCUGGGUUUCUUCAAUAGACGCCUGGGCGUCCCGAUUAGCGAUGGCGGCACAGUGCGUCUGGCCGCCGCAGUGGGCUUCUCGAAUGCCCUGGAUAUCAUUGAAACGGGUCGACGUGUCUAUGCCCGUGAGGCGCUGCGCAUAGGCCUGGUGAAUCGAAUCGUUGCCACGGGCACAGCCCUUGGUCAGGCCGUAAAUUUAGCCUUCUCGAUUGCCAAAUUUCCCAUGGGUUCGCUGAUGCACGACCGAAACGCUGUGCUGGAGAAUGCGAAUGCCUAUAACCGUCCCGGUUUCUAUGCCGGCACUUACAAUGAAGUCAUGAAUGUGACAUCCGAAAUGGUCACGGACAUGCAAGAGGGCGUGAGGCGAUUCAAGACCUCUGAGGAAAAGGGACCCAAAACCGACUCGUGGCACAUCAAGGAGAAAACCAUUCCAGAUUGGGAGAAGGCCGAGAUCGAACUGGAGAAGCAAUUUAAAAAGACGUGAUACGAGCAGAAUCUGUAUAUAGCUGGGAUAUUUUCAUAUCUUAUUUCAUGGUGCAAUAUUUAGGUUGUGUUUACACGAUAUCUGAUAUAUUUAUGUUGUUAUUUUUAUAAAACGAAAGCCUUUAUUCACGUAAAAUACAUUUAUUUAAUGAUGUA